AAUAUGAAGCAGUUAAGAAAAAAAUGUAUUACAUUUGGACUGAUGUUUAUAAUAAGUAUAGAAAUUGUAAUUUGCGGGGGGUUUGAAUCAAUGUAUAAGAAAAAUUCAAGUACAACAAAUAAUCCAAGCACAAGUAGUACACCAUUGCUGUGGGGUAUGCAUAACAAUUAUAGUUCUGUUUCAUCUGACAAUACUAACCAACCUAUGCAAGCAGAUGACCAGCCAUUAGAUCUAUCUAAUCCAAAUAAAAGACUCCGUGAUACAGACAACAAUACUCAAAAUUCUAACGCUAUCAAAAGAGCUCGUUAUAUGGGUAUGAAUAACUCGUCAAUACAUAUAAUUCCAAAAACAAUAAUAGAUCUAACAUCAGAGCCGGCCCCAGAAAUGCCUUUAAAAGAAACUUCAGAACUAACCACAUCCACUACUAUUAAUCCUCUUAGAGUUGAUUCUAACAGUAAGUUGGUUAUAGCCAGUG